AUGGACCCCCUCAACCCCGCAUCGUUCAGCCACAGGUUUGCCCUGCGUCAACGGCAUCAACCUGCACUAUGUCGACGAGGGCUCCGGUCCCAAAACAGUAAUCUGCGUCCACGGCUUCCCAGACCUCUGAUUCCCUAUCUGGUCAAGCUCGGGUACCGCGUGAUUGUGCCUGAUGUGCGCGGCUACGGCCAGACUGACGCACCGGCGGGGAUUGCCAGCUACACGUCCAAGACCAUUGUCAAGGACUUGGUCGGCCUGCUCGACGUUCUGAAUAUUCGCGAUGCCGUGUGGGUAGGCCACGAUUGGGGAGCAUGGAUGGUCUGGCGCGCUGCUCUCUGGCACCCUGAGCGGCGCCGCCCGAACUGGAAAUACCAAGUCUAUUUCAGCAAAGAGUCAACAACUGCAAAGCUCAAUGCCGAAAUCCCACUGUUUCUCACCACCAUUUUGCGGUCGCACAAGGAUGCCAUGUAUACGUCGGUCUUUAGCGAGUCUGUACCCAUUGACAAGCGCACUAUUGCCGAUGCCCGAGGUGCUCAGCGCAGCGAAAUGCUGGCGGAGUCUGAGCUUGGAUACCACAUCAGCGAGUACCAGCGCCAUGGAAUGGAGGGGCCGCUCAACUACUACCGCGUGCAUGAGCUGAACUGGCAGGAAGAAAGCAGCGCUGGUUUCAAACUUGAUAGGAUCCACAAGCCGUGCCUAAUGGUUACUGCCGGCAAGGAUAAGGCGUUGCCAGCUGCGUGGACCAAGGACAUGGACAAAUAUAUCCCAAACCUCAUGCGAGUCCAUAUCGAGGAUUCGGGACAUUGGAUUAUGAUUGAGCAGAAAGAGUUGGCAAACAAAGCUCUUGGAAAAUUCCUGGCCACGCUGGAUCACACCAGUGCUAAGUUGUAG